AUGCAGCCAAAAUUGCAAAUUUGCUUUUGUGAAUACUUUGCAACCAUAGAUGAAAAGAUAAUUACCACAGAAUACGCAAAUAUUAAAGAACCCAACUAUAUUAAAGGCAAAACAGUACUUAACUCGAUGGCAUUUUAUGAGAUAUCCCCAGAAGAGAAAAUAAAAAUAAUGAGCUGUGGUGCUUCACCAACCAUCAUCAGUACAAUGAUCCUGACCCAUUUGUUUCAUCUGACAAUUCUUAAACUCCUUCCAAUCGAGCUAGUGGAUCCGAUAGCCAGACGAGACACCUGUGGUGGUCAGAACCGCAACAAGUUCGUUAGCGCUGCACUGCUACACUCAGUUAAUAAGCUGUCUAAUUUGAAAACCAUUGAUCUGAAGUUCAAGAGAGGCACAGAAGAGAGCAACCAAGGGACGUCAAAUGCAACUGAAGAAGUACUCAGGCGUAGAGCACCUUCCCAAUCAGGAAAACGACGUAGAAGCGAAGAAGACAAUGGUGAGGAAAUGAAAAAACUUAUAGAGAAGGUGACGAAAACCGCCUCUACGUUAAGAGAGCUCAUAAAGACUACUCCAAACACGCAGGGAGAUAUCAAGAAGGAGAUUAUGAGGCUGAACCAGAUAAUGGAGUCACUAAAUCUAAAGAUUGACCAAGAAAGUACCGAGAGAGACCGGAAGGCACCGAGAAAGGAAGAGAGCCCAAAAAGCACAACAAGCGUUGGGGUGCAAGUAAAUUUCGCGGAUGUAAAGGCGGAAAUGGAAGAAAGAGAGUCUAAAGAGAGCAAAGAAAUAAUAGACAUCUUAGAUAAGAGCCAAAACUUUGAACAAUUUGCGAAAUUGCUAGACAGGAAAUGGCCAGAACGAGCUUACAGGGCCGUCAAACAUAUUCAUGGAGCUCCACCAGACAUACCCGUAGAAGAUGUCACAGCAAUAAUCGCGGACGCCAAACCGGCGAAUAUGAAAGGACUACUAAAGGAAAUAAGCGGAAGGCACCCGGAAAUAAGCGAGAUCAUGAAAGGCGGUGUAACAGAAGGCCAGUUAGAGUACUUCGAGAAGACCACAAAGAUAAACUUCAGGAACAAAGACGAAGAGAAAAGCCAACUUGUUUACAUCCUACCUAUCGAUAUAGACAAAAAUGGAGUAAACAACAUGAAGGAGGUACAUAAACUCGUAGAAGAUAGCAAGAGAACGGUGCAGACUCAUGGUCGGAAAAAGAUCACCUUUAUACCGGAUGAUGGGAUAAACAAAUCAUACGUGAGGAAGAUCCUAGAGUACGUGUUUUACAAAGCGGACAUCGAGGUAAAGCUGAUGACAGCCAGAGGAAAAGACCGAGAGCACAGCAGACCCUGGCCAAGUAAAACACAAGCCCAAUCUCAAGCGGUGAUCGUUAAGAAAGGGGGCCGGCAGUACGCCGAUCUCCUAAAGACAGUGAAGCAGAAUAUCGAUUUAGGGAAAAUCGGUGUCAAAGUCAGGAACAUAAGAGAGACCGCAAGAGGAGACCUACUGCUGAACGUGGAAGGGGGUGAUGAGAAGGCAGACUCCCUUAAAAAAGAAAUUGCCGCCCAGCUCAAGGAUGUAGGUGUAUCGCUAGCCAAUAACGAUGCCACUGUACACAUCAGCGAUAUAGACCCUACAGUCACCGAGGAGGAGAUCGAGGAAGCAAUUUACGAGGCAACCCAAGUAGACAGAGCAGCACCAGUGAAGGUGUUGAAUAUGAGGCCCACCAGAGAUGGAAAUAGAAUUGCAACUGUCAGGUUAUCAAAGCAUCUGGCGAAAGUCCUAAGCAACAGAGGCAAGCUGAUGAUAGGCUGGGUGGCAUGCAGAGUCCGUGAGAGAAUAGCUGUAACCAGAUGUUACAGAUGCUUGGAAUUCGGACACACACAAAAUGGAUGCACAGGCAGGGAUAGAUCGGGAGAAUGUCUGAGCUGCGGAAAAAUGGGCCAUAAAGCGAAAGACUGCCAAACGGACCCUUUUUGUUCUUCCUGUCAAGAAGCCGGUCACCGCUCCGACUCAACCAGAUGUCCUAAGUAUAGGAGGAUGGUGGAGGAUAAAGCAAAGAGGAGAGGCAGCUUCCGCAAGUAA